GGGCAUGAUGGCAGCACAUUAAGAGCCACCGCUUCAGCUUCCACGCCCCUCCUCGCCUGGAAAUCCGAGACUCCCGCCUAGUCCCACAGCCGUGCAUCGCUCUAAGUCAGCCGGCUGGAAACAUUCACUACCGCCGAGCUGCGAGGAAGAAGCCGUAGGAAGUUCCGUGGCCUGCCUAGCCGAAAAAGGCGACAGCAGCAAAGGAGGCUGGUGGCCUGGGGUGGUAGAAGGCGGAGACCAGAGGCCCAAAGCCUCCGUGGGCAGGUCGGCGUUUCCCCUCUUUUGCCUUGUUGUCUUCUUAGAAUGGCUGGCAGUCAGAAGAGCAAUGCAUCCCUCUUCAGUGAAGAGACAGCACUCUCAGAACAUUCCCAAGCCAAACAAUCCCACAGUUAUGAGGAGGAAACAUUUUAUAAAAACUGCAGAGCAGCCUAUUUAGCUGUCUUUAAAAGCAGCUUAGAAAACAUUAAAUCAAAAGAACAACUGUGUUUAGUGCUUCAGCAAGCUGGAAGAAAUCCAUCUCAGAAGACAGUUAAUAAAUACUGGACUCUCCAAACCACCAGUCUGAAUUUUGAUGAUUUUUGUUCCAUCUUAAAAAAAGAAGAGCCGAUUACGAAAACAGAGCUGCUAGACGCAUUUGCAAAACUGGAUGCAAAUAAUAAUGGCUGUAUCUUGCAUAGUGAACUUUGUAAAAUCCUUACAACACAAGGUGAAAAAAUGACUCUUGAUGAAGUCAAUGCAAUCACUGAACUGGCUGAUGUGAAUAAUGAUGGCAAGUUUGACUAUUACAAGUUUUGUAAAUUGUAUAUGACAACCAGUGAGCAGUGCCUAAAGACUGCACUAGAGAAACUGGAGGUUGAUAGUAAUUUGAAGCGUCAGCAGUUUGGAAGUCAAAUUGAGACCUCAUCAGAAAUGGCAACAUCACCAGUUACUAAAUCAUUGCCCAAAACUGCAAGGAAAACAGAACCCAGACCAAUGCUAAAAAGAGGUCAUUGCAAGACUUCUUCGCGACCUUCCUCAGCUCCAAGUUGCACAGUAUGUGUUUCUUCUGCUAACAGCUUGGGUGCCAGCAGCAACAAAAAUUCAAAGCUCAUGGAGGCAAAUGCAGUCAAGGAAUGGCAGUGUGUACAGUCCAAAGGAUGCUUCUUCUUGGAGGACAAUGGCAUGAUAAUUAGCCAUAAAUACAAGUUGCUCUUAUCCCAAAGAUCUACAGUAUGUAUCACCAUUAAGCCUGUAAACCUUAGCCAAAUGGACGGAAAGUGUUUCCCAUGGUUAGCAAUGGACACUGCUUUGUACCUUUUCAAGGAAACUGAAACUGAAGAAAACCUACAGUUUGUGAGCUCCACUGAACUACGAAAUAAAGAGGUUUUUGGUUGGAGAAGUGAACUUGGAGCAGGAGUCUAUUGGAUCAUUCCUUUCACCACUGGCUGUAAAUUUAGAAAAGUGAAAAAGCAGAUUAGAGGAGAAGCCAAACUUGUAUAUAGAGAUUGCAAUGGAGACUUGGCACUUACCAAAGAGUUCAGAGCAGUCUUAUCAGAAAUAUUUGAAAUGAUUGAUUUGGAUGGGAAUAGCUCUCUCAGCCUGGAAGAAUACAACUUCUUUGAAAUGAGGACUAGUGGUGAGAAGUGUGACACUGAAGCUUGGGCCAUAUGUAAAGAGAAUUUUGACAUGAAAAACAAUGAACUCACAAGACAGGGAUUUAUGGACCUGAAUCUUAUGGAAGCCAGUGACAGAGGAGGGGAUGUCAGUAACCUCUGGGUAACUUUGCUGUCAAUGGGCUACAACAAAGCACUGGAAUUAACUGAGGCAUGCCCUUUUUCUAUUAACAUCUAUGCAGAAAAAUGCAAACCCAGAAUUAAACCUGUUUGCUUGGAAGCAGGCGGUGAACAACUUAACAAUGCCAUUUGUAUGAAUGUGGUUAACAAAGGAGAUGCGAAGCCAGUAGACAGCAACGGAAAUAUAAUUAUUCACACAUACCAAAGUGAUACACGGAUCACCUCUGUUGUUGAAAACAAGUCUGAGGUUAAAGCAAUCAUUCAUCUCAGUGGUGAACAGAGUAAGAACUGUGUGAAUAAUAGAGGACUCAGCACUUUUGCUAUUGAAGUGGCACCCAAAUCCAUGAUGAUCUGUCAGCAUGUCAUGCCACUGAAUGACCAAGAAGAAUGGAUAAGCAACUGUGUUUAUUCUGCCUUGCCUUAAACUGCCAUAAUUAGGAAAUGACUGUAUCCUAGCUUUUGUAGAAAAGAUCCAAUCUUGGACUGCUUCUUUGUUAUAUGGACAGCUUGAUUUAUCCCAUCAUUUUGGAACUGAAAAUAUGUUCUGUUUAUUUUGGAACUCCAUGGUUCCAGUUAUCUUUUUUAAAGAAGUAAUAUCUCACAUCUGCUCAUUUUUGGCUUUCUGGGCACUUUCACACAGCUGACUGUCAUCAUAACCAAGGGAAUGUAAAAAGCUGGUCCCAAAAGCCAGUUUGUACAUUUCUAGAUGCUCCUGCAUAUAAUGACAGAUACCAGUCCAGUUUAUAAAAUGGAAAUUAAAUGUUGGAUCAUGGUUUCUCAGCUCCUGUCCAUAGUGGAAGCUCUCUGAAAUUGUUUUAUUAAGUCCCUGUAUGUAAUGAGAUGCUGUGGCCCAUUCUCUUGGACAUGGCCCUAGCAAUAGUCAUCCUUACCUUCAUAAACUUGAGCCUUUACUCUGCUGCAUGCUCCAUGUGCAACUGCUCUUUAAAAUUGUUUAGAGACUAUAGCCAAAUAUGCAGGCCCAUCUCCUUUUUCAACCUUGUGAAUGAUGGGGUCAUCAGGAACAAACCAUUGUGCCAUUGUCUGCUCUAUCUCACAGAAGCUGCUAGUCUUGAUUUAACGGAAUUUUACUAAGACUCACUGUGCUUGGAAUAUUCAAUUAUUUCUGUAUACAUCACAAUUUUUACCAAGAGUAUCCAUUUGAGUAUCAAGUAUGUGCUGAAGUCUCAGAGAAAUAUGCUCAUUGGCUCGUCCACAUGAAUAGACUUUUUUUUGGUAAAGAUUUGUGAAAGUCUGAGAUUGUUAUCUUUUGGAAGUAAUAUGAACUUAUUUUAUUUGCACUGGCAUUUCAUAGUGAGGAUUAUGUUAAUAUUAAGCAAUAUUUACCAUUAUUUUAAUUUUAUUUUUAUCUGUAUUUUAAAUCUAUAAGUAUGUGUGUAUAUUUUUACAUAAAAUAUGUAAAUUUGUGUAUACACACACACACCCCUCUAUAUAUACACAUACAUAUGUUAAAAAACUUGAAUGCUG